CCACGUGCUUCUCGCGAUCCUUAUCCUCACUUUGUCCAAUCGAGAUAUCAUAUCAUAUAAUUUUCACAAUGAAAAUAUUUUCGAGAAACGGUUCGAUCUAAUGUAUUUGACCGGUCUCAAAAAUGUCGAAAGCAUCCGUGCUAUCAUCGUGACAUGUCAAAAGCUCCAGAAUGUUAGGAAAUGACACAAACAUGUGCGCUCUUGCGCGAAAUGUCGAACAAUCUUCUCAUUAAAUCGAAUUGAUGAGCGAGUCUUCAUACGGAGAAAAUAAAGAUUUCGGCCUGAAACAUUAUGAAGCCAAGAGUCUUGCUUGCUCUUGCCAACCUCAUCACAUUCUUUUUAAUGGCCGCAGGUACGAGAAUCACUGCUAGACAGCGGACGCAAAGCAACAACCACAGCAACAUUAGCGACCUGCUGGACAAUUUGCUUCGCGGUUACGACAACAGCAUCAGGCCAGACUUUGGCGGGCCCCCGGCUACCGUUGAGGUCGAUAUCAUGGUACGCAGCAUGGGUCCCAUUUCCGAAGUGGAUAUGACGUAUUCAAUGGAUUGUUAUUUUCGACAAUCAUGGGUCGAUAGACGUUUAGCCUUUCAGGGUGGUAAGGAAACGCUCGCGUUGAGCAUUUCUAUGUUGGCAAAGAUCUGGAAACCCGACACGUACUUCUACAAUGGCAAGCACAGUUAUUUGCAUACGAUCACCAGCCCGAAUAAGUUCGUCAGGCUUUAUCAGGAUGGCAGAGUACUUUACAGCUCAAGACUUACCAUCAAAGCGGGAUGUCCGAUGAAUCUCGAAGAUUUUCCGAUGGAUAUACAGAGAUGUCCAUUGCAAUUCGGCAGUUUUGGCUACACGACACGCGAUGUAAUCUACAAGUGGAACAGCGCGAGACAGGUCGCUAUAGCGGAGGACAUGAAACUGUCGCAAUUUGAUCUGGUCGCCAAUCCGACCGCGAAUCACUCCACUGCACCGGGAUUCUCGCAUGCGAAUUAUUCGAUGCUUCUGGUAUACUUCCACUUGCAAAGACACAUGGGUAACUUUCUAAUACAAGUAUACGGUCCUUGCGUCCUGCUGGUCGUCCUGUCUUGGGUUUCCUUCUGGUUAAACAGAGAAGCCACCGCCGAUCGAGUGUCGUUGGGCAUAACUACCGUAUUGACGAUGACAUUCUUAGGACUCGAAGCAAGAACUGAUUUGCCAAAGGUCCCUUACCCAACUGCCCUGGACUUUUUCGUCUUUCUAUCAUUUGCAUUCAUUUUUGCUACCAUAAUACAGUUUGCGGUCGUACACUACUUUACCAAGUACGGAUCGGGUGAAUGUUAUUUCAGUUCUGAUCUAAGCGACACUGAAAGUUCGAGCGGGGAAGAAGACGUAGACGGAAAAGCGCGUCGGAAAAGUUCCGGCGCUCGAGGGCACGAUAAUCGUGACAACUUUACGAUAAACAGCGACAGAAUGGUAGAAGUGAUACCGUUAUCGGCGAUCUCGAUACAUCCCGAUAAAGAUCCCGCGGUGGCUGGUCAUUGGCAGAUAUCUUGCGUAACAUGUAGUCCAUCGUCGCGACAGACGACGGCGACAACGCCGACGCCCCCGCCACCGCCGCCACCGCCACCACCACCUUCGCUAUCUUCCAGACGGACAACAUUGUCCACCUCUAGAAGACGACGCCGGAGAACGCCCAGAUAUAACUCAGUAUCGAAGAUUGACCGCGCCAGUCGCGUGGUAUUUCCUCUCUUUUUUCUAGCCAUCAAUGUCUUCUACUGGUAUGCGUAUCUCUCACGCAGCGAACGAAUCCACUAUUACAAUUCCAAUGCCGCGUGACAUGCAUUCAUCGAGCAGCGCAUCCUGCUUCUCCAAGUUUUGCAAAGUUUUGCGAGUUAAAAUUGGUAAUUAAAGAAAUCCGGAUAAUUUUCUUCUACAAGAAUGAGAAAG